AUGGACAUGAUCACAAGCAUGGUAGCUGAAAAGCCUGUGGUGAUAUUCAGCAAGAGCACAUGUUGCUUGAGCCACUCCAUGACAUCACUGAUACGUAGCUUUGGAGCAAACCCUACUAUUCAUGAGCUGGAUGAGAUGGCCAAUGGCCAGGAGAUUGAAAGUGCAUUGCUUCAGAUGGGGUGCCAACCAAGUGUUCCUGCUGUGUUCAUAGGACAACGAUUCAUUGGUGGCUCUAAGAAAAUCAUGAGCCUGCAUGUCAGGAAUGAAUUGGUACCACUUCUCAAGAAUGCUGGGGCUAUAUGGAUUUGA